GUCAAUUUCCCGGAUUGAGUUCGGACGCCAUCUUUAAACCAGUGCUACCGGUAGUUAGAUAGUGGGGACGCUGAGCUACUGCUCCACCAGGAACCGCAGUCUGAGACAGACCCACGGUCGAGCCUCUCCUUCAGGUCGCACAUCAUCGACAGCCCGACCUCGAACACCAUGACAGAUCGAGAACACUUAGUAUACCAGGCCAAACUCGCCGAACAAGCCGAGCGAUACGAUGGACCUCGAUGGCCCAAUGGGUUUCUGGGUGCAUUCAACAUUGAGGAGGAGAGGGAGAAGCCAGGUGGACAAGACCAGGGUGCAGUUCUGGGUUCGGGUUCAGAAAGGAGGUAAUGGAUCCAUAUCUUGUUGGCCUUCAGGACAGCCUAGACCGGAGGUUCCAACACCGGUAGAUUCUGGGGGCCUUCAGUCUGUUGGGACCUCAGCCUGCUUUCUCUAGUGAGAGGAUAAACACCUUUAACCUGAACCUCUUCCCCAAGCUGUUCUUGCAACCGCCUGAGGCUGCUGUGCUGCAAGAGUGGUUGUCUUACAAGCAACAUGUGUUUGUUGGAGCAUUCAAGGGGUUGGACCAGAUGAUGGCAAUGACAAAGCUGGCCUUUCAGUUUGAUGAGUGGAAGCUAUCUACACUUGCCUUAUCCAGCUGGCAGCAAUCGCACUGACUAUACCAGUGUCUUCCGUUAAUUGUGAGAGGGACUUCUCUGCAAUGAAACGAGUCAAAACAGACUUGAGGAACAGACUGCAGGGAGAGCAUCUAGCCGCCUGCAUGCGGCUCUGCAUCAACAACCCCCCCCCAAAUCAAGCAGCUCAAUUACAGGAGAGCGUUGGAAAUCUUUUUCCAAAAGCCCAGAAGAAUUAAGUGCUCUGACAAAGGCUGUUACCUAAGUCAGAACUAGGUUUUUGUCAGAACCUGGAAAGAGAUUUCCAAUGCCCUCCUUUUGUGAUGAACAUGAAUCAGGGGACUCUAAUUCAUGUUCCUCUGUUAAUUUUGUCAAUAUAAACGUUUUUUAAUUCAGAAAGGUCUCUGUGUUUCUUUAGAUAGCUGCAGCACUCAACCUUAAGUUGCAUCCUGUAUACUAUAAUCAUUUUACCAAUACGUUAUUGAUAUACUUUCUAGAGGUAGAAAUAUAUUUAAGAUGGUUAGUGUUUUUCCUUUUUAAAUGCCACCAGAAUCAAGCUUUUCAGUACUUGUUUUGGGAGAGAGGACCCCGGAACACAUGAGAAUGAGCUAUGUGAAGAAAAUGGUGGAGUCCAUGAAGAAUGUGGCCGGCAUGGACGUGGAGCUGACGGUGGAAGAGCGGAACCUGCUGUCAGUGGCGUACAAAAACGUGAUCGGAGCCAGAAGAGCAUCCUGGAGGAUAAUCAGCAGCCUCGAACAGAAAGAAGAGAACAAAGGAGGCGAAGACAAACUAAAGAUGAUCAGGGAAUACAGGCAAACGGUGGAGACUGAGCUAAAAUCAAUCUGUAAGGACAUUCUGGAUGUACUGGACAAGCACCUCAUUCCAGCUGCAAACACGGGAGAAUCAAAGGUUUUCUACUACAAAAUGAAGGGAGACUACCACAGGUACCUGGCAGAGUUCGCUACGGGUAACGACAGGAAGGAGGCGGCGGAGAACAGUUUGGUAGCCUACAAAGCCGCGAGCGACAUCGCCAUGAUCGAGCUCCCCCCGACUCACCCCAUCCGCCUGGGACUGGCACUCAACUUCUCCGUAUUUUAUUAUGAAAUUCUCAAUUCCCCUGACCGCGCAUGCAGGUUGGCGAAGGCGGCAUUUGACGAUGCCAUUGCAGAACUGGACACGCUGAGCGAGGAGAGCUACAAGGACUCCACGCUCAUCAUGCAGUUGCUACGCGACAACCUUACAUUAUGGACUUCAGACAUGCAGGGAGACGAUUCUUAAGGACAACCCCUCUUCAUUCCCUCUAUAGAACUGUAUUUUGUGAAGAACAGAAUAAAGAUGCACUGCAAGAUGUGGAGGAUGAGACCCAGCAGUGAGACUUUACGGCCAAUUCCCUCUCUCUUUCUCCCUCCUAUUACCUCUCCUGUCUGCCCCGCUAGCCCCAGGUCCUACUACGUGUCACAGUGAGAGCUCCCAAACUUCGCUUUUACUCCGACGUCCACUCGCUCAAUUUCUCCCCACCUCUUCUUUCUUUAAUUAUUUCUUUAUGUUCUAUCACUCUGUCUGUCAGCUCAUAGCCCCUCUGUGCUUCCUAGGGCUAUCUCUUCUGGUUUUUAUUUUCUUAUAAAAGAAUCCCAUUAAAUUCACCUAUUUCAGUGGAAAUAAUAUACUUCCACGU